AUGGCCCUUCCCGCAGAUUUUGCAACUCGUAGCCUUAGAAGCUUAUGCUUGUAUGUAAAGAUCUCAACAAAAGCUCUUCUUCAUCUUUUAUCUAAUUGUCCAUCACUUAAGAGGUUCAGUCUGCGAGGAGAUAUCGGUUCUAAAGAUUGCACCAUCAUUGAGCUAUUUGAGUGUUUGCCUGUGAUUGAACAUCUUACUAUCUGGGAGAACUGUGACCAUCCGUGGCUUGUUCUAGACUCUAUUCCGGAAGAGCUUCCAACCACACUAAUCCACCUCAAAUGCUUUCGUUUUAACGGAAUUUGUUUCAUUGACGGCCAUGGAUUAACUUUUCUUGAUGUUUUGAUCAAAGCUUCCCCGAACUUGGAGAAAAUUGAGCUAGAUAUGGAUGAUUGUAUUUUUGAUGACAAUGAGAUAUGUUGUGGUAUAUUGGAAGAAUUUUCAGAUGUUCGGUUGGAGCAUCUGAAGGAAUUGGAGAUCAUGUGUUUCAGCUACUUGAAGCAUGAGAUGGAGUUUGUAAAGUUUAUCUUGGCAAGGUCACCUAAGCUAAAGAAGGUGAUCUUAUAUAGCAUUAUUGUAAAGGAUGAGUCAGAUAUUUCAACAAUUCUCUCACAGGCCCCACGCGCAUCACCCGAAGAAAUUGUUGUGAGAUGUAUCACAUUCUAGUCGUAUUGCUACUUGUAUUUCUUUGUUUUCUUUCUGGUUAGUCUAUGGAGUUCUUUUGGAUGUUUCUCACUUUCAUAGCAGGUGUACUCAAAAUUAGGGUAGGGGUGUAUGUGUAAAGACCUUAAUAAUUUCAUCGAAAUUUCUCA